AUGGGAAAGAAACAAGUGUGCCCACCUCGUGCCCUCCCUCCAGUGCCAAGUGGAAACCAAGAUGAAAUUCCACUUAGUCGUCCCAAAAAAAGGAAACCCAGAGGAAAGACUCCAUUAGAUGGCAUUGUCCAAGCAGCUGUUCGUCGGCAGUCUGAAAGCAGUGAGCCUCUAACUCUUGAACCUCAUGAUGUCCCUCCUCAGAGGAAACGCAAGAAGAAGAAAGUAGCUACUGAUUCUGAGACAUCUUUUACCCAGCAAAAUGCUGCAUCCCUAUUUCAGAAUGGAAAUGGCAUGGAUGUUCCUGAAGUUGAAGAAACAGUGAUCCGCAAACAGAGAAAAAGAACAAAAAAACCUCGGCCCGCUGAAAUACAGUGUUCCAGUGAGCUGGAAGUGGAGGAGGAAGACAUCAUUGAAGAUGAGCACAGAAAAAGCUCAGAUCAGCAGCCUGUGUUUGCUGCUCCUACUGGAAUUAGCCAGCCUGUUAGCAAAGUGUUUGUUGAAAAAAAUCGGCGUUUUCAGGCAGCUGACCGUGCAGAAUUGAUUAAAACCACUGAAAAUAUCAAUGUACUUAUGGAUGUGAAGGCUUCAUGGACUACCAGAGAUGUUGCCCUCUCAGUGCACCGAAGUUUCAGGGUGAUGGGACUCUUUGCACAUGGCUUCCUUGCUGGGUAUGCCAUAUGGAACAUCAUUGUUAUCUACAUUUUGGCAGGAAAUCAGCUUUCCACAGUUUCUAACCUGCUCGAGCAGUAUAAGACACUAGCAUACCCAGCUCAAAGUUUGUUGUAUUUGUUGCUGUCUAUCAGUACAGUGUCAGCCUUUGACAGGAUUGAUUUGGCAAAAGCAUCAGUUGCACUGAGGAGCUUUCUUACCCUAGACCCAGCAGCAGUAGCCUCUUUCUUGUACUUUGCUGCUCUUAUCUUAUCCUUAAGCCAGCAGAUGACGUGUGACAGAAUUAAUCUCUACACACCACCUUCAGAAAAUGGCAGCAUCUGGACGGCAGGUACGGAGGAAGAAAUUGUUCAGCCGUGGGUUGUGGUGAAUCUUGUAGUGUCUAUUCUAGUUGGGACAAGUUGGAUCUUCUUGUCUUACCGACCAGAGCUAGACCACAGUGAAGAACUGAUGUUUCAUGCUGAAAUCGAGGAAUUUCCCCGGGGAGAUACCAUACCCAGAGUCCAGCCGUAGUGUGGAACAAGCAUCUGCAGUCUUGUAGCUGUGACUGACAGCUCAACAUGUUGUGUAUUAUAGCCAUGUAUUAUAACUUUCA